UCCCACUGGCCACACCCAGUCCAUCUCUCUGUUCUGAGGACUCUGUGGUCUCUUCCUUUUGAACAGCCAGAACCAGAGAGGAGCUACCAUGGCACAUACCUUCAUGGCCCUGCUCUGCCUUGGGCUGAACGUGGGCCUGAGGACCCCAGUGCAUGCAGGGACCCUCCCCAAACCCACCCUCUGGGCUGAGCCAGGCUCUGUGACCCUGUUGCAGAGCUCUGUGACCAUCUGGUGUCAGGGGCCCAUGCAGGCCCAGAGGUUCUGUCUGCAUAAAGAGGGAAGCGGAAUAUCCUUGGAAAGACAGAAGCUACUGGAACCCAGUGACAAGGCCAAUUUCUCCUUCACACACACUACAGAGUAUGAUGCAGGGAGAUAUCAAUGCUCCUAUCUCAGCCCCAGUGGCUGGUCAGAGCUCAGCGACCCCCUGGAGCUGGUGGUGACAGGAUUCUACAGCACACCCAACCUCUCAGCCCUGCCCAGCCCUGUCCUGACCUCAGGAGGGAAUGUGACUCUCCAGUGUGGGUCACGGCAGAAAUUCAACAGGUUCAUUCUGAUUAAGGAAGGAGAAGACAGGUUCUCCUGGACCCUGGACUCACAGCCUCACCCCAGUGGGCAAGUCCAGGCCCAGUUCACUGUGGGCCCUGUGACCUCCAGUGACAGGUGGACAUUCAGAUGCUAUGGCUGUUAUAGGAGCACUCCCCAGGUGUGGUCACACCCCAGUGAUUCCCUGGAGCUCCUGGUCUCAGGAGCAGCCGACACCAUCAGCCCAUCAAACAACAGCUCAGAUAACAAGAGUGCUGAGUAG